AAGAUCCACCCUGAAGACUGAUAUCAAAUUCGAAUAGGUGAGUUCAACUGUUCUUAUACAUUUCUAUGACCAUGCAUGUAUUUAUUUAUUCAUGUUACAGUUGGGAGUUUAUUGUUAGUACAGGUUUGCCUUAAAGUAAUUUUGUAACAUUUACCAAACCGCCAGUAUAUGUGUCGUUCCCCUCUAUGACUGGAUAUAUAGUAAGCAAUAUACCCUCCUAGUUUAAAUAAAUUUUGUUCAUGUAAACUGAUUUCUUGUACAGUAUAACAUAGAUCUGCAUGCUACUUAGGUACCAUCAGCUCAUAUUCUUUGACAUUGUUAAUUUCGACGUGUUUUCUAUAGUUUUGGUCAACAUAUAACCUCUCAUAUUUUUUUCGUAUCUUUAGAAAUAAAAUUCUCUGAAAUGUAUUUCAAAAUCUUGGUGCUUGUUUUGGCGUUGCCAUUUUUACUCAAAGUAAGGUAUUUGUUGUGUAAAACUGCAGUGUGCAGAGAAACAUACGAGGGACGCUUAUUAAUUAAACUGAUUCUGGUUCGACGAGGGCGUCUGUUAUAGAUACGAAACGUUUUGAGGGAGUGGGCGUUUGCAAUCAUUUACGGCAGUUAUAAACAAUGUCUGCAUGGAUUACUAGAGAAAUUACAGUCAGAAUUACACUGUUAAAAAUAUCUGGGUUUUUACCGAAUAAGAAGUAUACUGUAAAUCGUAAAUUACGGUAAAAUGGACUGUAUUUAGAAAGAAAUCUGUUAUUUGACAUGUUUAUUCGACCGUAAUAUUUUACAGUAAGUAUUUUGUAAUUGUAAAUUACGAAAUUUGUUACACCCUUUUUACGGUAUUAAUACAGACUUCGGUUAACAGUCACUGUAAAAUUACAGUACAUUCUCCGGCGUCACACUGCCAGUACUUUUUAAUUUUACUGUAAAAUUCCGGCAUUUCUUUCCAACAGUAUACACAAUUGCAUUUAGGCUAACGACGCCAUGAAGAUUGCCAAUACAUUUGAUGAACAAGAUCUAGCUGAAAUUCCAAAGUUUGCACUAGAAGUUGAAGAUGAUGGUAAAAGCAACAAAGUAGCAGAAGAAUACAAACGCACUCUCGAGAGUGAUGGUGCUAACUCUAAGCAAAGUUUUGCAAAACUCAGUCUGAAAUUGGCAAAAAUGCAUGUGAGUUAUAUGUCCGAACCUUUUGACCAAUUGAGGAUUUUUUCAGUAAUACUUAAGUACUUAGUGAUGAGAAUGCAUCGAUUAUGAAUUAAAUAUUUAAAGUUAUCCCCCCCCCCAAACCCCUCCCAUGCACCAUACUGCUAUCACCCUCCCACCGAGUAAUUAUUCCAGAAGCAAGAACAAUUAUGCUGGAAUUCCAAAUCCUGACAUAUUCGAAGCAAAUAUAGGAAAAAUGGAAUCACCAAACUGUUUUUAAUACAUUAAUUUCAUCGAAAAAACGCGUAGCGAGCCAGUCUAUAUACAUCAUUUAAAAUAAACGAGCACAGAGUUUCUGAAUUUCUAUGAAAGCUGUCAAGAUUUUGUAUACUCACGUACAGUUACAAAAGCAAACUUUUACUUCUUGACUUAAUUUCGUUUUUCUUAUUUCACGCCUAAAAGGUAUUGGAAGAAAUUCUGAGAAAAAAAAAAGCCAUAUCCAGUUUGUCGGAUACAGUCAAUGGCAAUUCCAAAGGUAAAAAAUAACCCAAAUACAACACUCAUCUGGGAGAAUUGAGUAAAUUAAAACAACAUACACUGCCUUUUUCACAGUGUGCCUACGGGACGAAACCUAAGCUAAACUGACUUUAUUUAUUAACUGUUUUUCUGAACGUCCAGUAAAGAUCAUCGCUUAUUCAGUGAGCCAGUGUUACUACAGGAGGAAACCUAAACUAAAUUUAUUUAUACUGGAUAGCUCUAUCAGUUCUAAACUGUUCUCUCUAGAGGUCCAGUAAGGAGCAUCUCUUAUUGAUCCAGUGUUACUACAGGAGGAAUUAGCUAAACUAAACUAACUUUAUUUAUACUGGAUAGCUCUAUCAGUUCUAAACUGUUCUUCCUAGAGGUCCAGUAAGGAUCGUCUCUUAUUGAUCCAGUGUUACUACAGGAGGAAACCUGAAUUAAACUAACUUUAUUUAUACUGGAUAGCUCUAUCAGUUCUAAACUGUCCUUCCUAGAGGUCCAGUAAGGAUCAUCUGUUAUUGAUCCAAUGUUACUACAGGAGGAAACCUAAACUUAACUAACCUUAUUUAUACUGGAUAGCUCUACCAGUUCUAAACUGUUCUUCCUAGAGGUCCAGUAAGGAUCAUCUCUUAUUGAUCCAGUGUUACUACAGGAGGAAACCUAAACUAAACUAACUUUAUUUAUACUAGAUAGCUCUACCAGUUCUAAACUGUCCUUCCUAGAGGUCCAGUAAGGAUCAUCUCUUGUUGAUCCAGUACUGCAUACAUACUAUAUAAAUAUAAGGCACAUGUAGAAACAAUGGCUGUCCAAUUUCAUAUCUGCAUAAGCGCAACCAAUUCAAUUAAUCAUUCAAUUAAUUAUGUUUUAUAGAAUAAUGUUUAUCAUGUUCAAUAUUAUACUAUCACUUUAUGACCAACAUUUAUGUAGAUAAAUGCAGCAAGAUAGUAAAAGUGGGUGAACCAAUCGUACAUCAUCAUUCUGGAUCUACUUACGGAUCAUGGAUGCGAGAUCCUCUUGGACUGCUUGGUCCAGGGAAGAUUUGGUACAUGAAUAGUUACUACGGUAAUAAAGUGUUGGAAUUUGAAAGCAUGGAUCACUUCAAAGCUGGAGAAAUUUCCAAAACCUACAUUCUACCAUAUUAUUUUGAUGGUACAGGAGCUGUUGUCUAUGGACGGUAUCUUUACUAUAACAGGUCUGUAAAAAUGUUUGGAGGAAAUUUUUACAUGUUUUAAAUUAAGAGAUUUUGCCUGUAGAUCAAAAUUGUAUAAUGUGCACGUGGACUUCCAAUCAGUGAGACGAGCACAUACUUUAGUGUUGAACCCAUAGUCAUCAAGUCUUAUAAUCUAUACGUGAUGAACUUAAUUUCACAUGAUUUUUAAGAUAGAUCUCAAUUUCAUUUAUAGGGCAAACUCGUACUACAUCGUGCAAUACGACCUGACUACACAAAAGCUCACCAGGCAGGUACGUCCUCACAGUUCAAUCAAGCCAAGAACGUAUUAUUAUCAAUGGUCAAGCCGCAACACAAUGGACUUAUCAGUGGACGAAAGCGGUUUAUGGGUUCUGUAUUCGUACUCGAGUUACAGUGGAAAGCUGUGUGCUUCUCAACUCGAUCCUUUGACCAUGUCAACCCUGCGUACUUACUGUGGUAUUUCCUCGGAGUCCAUGAAAACUAUGGGGAAUGCAUUUGUCGCGUGUGGUGUUGUUUAUAGCAUCGAUAGUUACAGCUCAACCACAACAACCAUCAACUACGCCUAUGACACAGCCAGGGGCUCCAAAAUCAAUCCAAAAAUCAAGUUUAUCAACAGGUUCGGAUACAACAGUAUGGUCACAUACAACCCUCGCGAGAAGGUCCUCUACGCCUGGGACAAGAAUCGCCAAAUAACAUACCCAUUGGAAUUUGAAGACUAA